AUGGCUACCGGUGUCGACAUCCUGCUGCCGACUUCUCGAGAUCGAUCUGACUUCGAGCUUGAUGGGGGUACAAGCUUAUUUGACUUGGACAAUGAUGAGGUGUUCCCUGAUAAGAUUCAUCUUGAUCAGGACCCCUUCGAAGUGUCGGGCAAGAUCGAAGGUGACGAUCAAAAUUUGAUGCAUGAAGCAAAACAAGGAGAAGAACCACUGGACCAGAGUUGGACCAAUUUUGGAGAUCGCAGUUUCUAUGCUGAUUUUGGAGACAAGGAUGCUACUAGACCAAGGUUGCUGAAUGACCGAAAGGAAGACCCAAAAGGAGAAGAAACAGCAAAAACUUCACGAACCGAGGACAAAUCUGCAAAGUCUCUAGGAUGUCGAAGAUUUAUGACUGAUGAGGGGCCCAUCCGAGCCCGGAUGCAUCGCAACGCCAACAAUGUUAGUAGUAGUGAUUCAACAGGGUGGAAGGGAGAAGAAACAGAUACUCGUGAUCAUGCUGAUGACGACGAUGCCGCAGCAAAUCCAGGGGUGACACCUGUUGCUGGUGACCCCAGGCAGCGUACACGCCGGUCAGAUCGUAUGGGAGGAAGACCAGGUGGUGAAAAUGGCACGAGAGGCUUAUCACCAGCUGGACGUGCCCUGCGCCGAACUGCAACAUCAGCAAGUGAGCACCGUCCCAAGCAACGAAUAUCCGGUCUGAAGCGAACCACGUCCUUGUCCCCGGGUGCUGCUCCAAGACAUCGCAGGGAUCCCAAAGACUUGUCUGAGCUCGGAAGAAAGCUCGAAACAUCCACCAGCAGCAACCAAAAAGCGAUACUAGUAUCUUCUGGUCGUAGUGUGGCAAGUGCUCCCUGCGCCAUUCGCUCAACUCAAAAACAGGGAAAUUUGGGCAGCGUGGAGCAACCAGAGAGAUGUUCACCUACCCGAACAGCUUCUUUGGGCAGCAGGCGUAGUGAUCAUGGAAACAAACUGCCAAGAGCAGAUAAGGACGAACACAAUACGGAAGAAAAGGAACAACUGAAAAAGGGAAGUAACCGUGGCACAUCACUCAGAUCCUUGGGCAACCGUGUUACGAGCAAGAGAGCAAUGUCUCCGAAACGAAGAGAUGACUUUUCUGCUGUAAGGACUCCAUCCAACACCACCAGAGCCAGAGACUCGUUGUCAAAACCAGAGAGGUGCUCCCGAUCUUCCUCCCACGGCCAGCUGGACAAGGGAGAAACUGGAAAGAGCAGGGAAGAGAAGGUUAGAUGUGCCCCAGGAAGGUCAAUAUCUUUGAAGUCUAGCAGAGAUCGAAGUCGCAUAUUGACAUCAUCUAGGCAGUUGCCAUCCAGCAGUGACCAUGAUGCUUUGACUGCAUCGUCCACGCCAAAACGACUCCAUACGAGAACUUCUUCCAGAAUUGCAUCAAACGGCAACAACAGAGGGCGUUCCUUGUCCCCGCAGCGCAUCCCUCGUCCACCCCAAAGAAGCCCUUCUAAUGACGGUACUUCCGAUUCUACUGGUAUGCGAAGUUCCCCUUCUCGUGGUAACAUGCCACGCAGUCAAGGGCGCUCGGUAUCCCCCAACAGAAUGUCUCGAAGCCCCUCGAGGCGAGACCAGGCCACUCAGGAUGCUGAAGGUUGUAGUCCAUCUCGAAGUCCCACCAGAGACCACAGGCACAGACGCAGACAAGAUCAUCAUGCACGAGGAGUGCAUAGAGUAGCUUCCAAACGCGUUGAAAAGGAAGGCGAUGUGGACGUAUCAUAUCGUUCAGUAGGUGACACAGAAGGCGAGCAAAGACACGAACACGGGGACGACACUGGUCCAACAGGUGCCAAGCCUAGAGCCAAAAAGUCAGAUCGUCUUGCACGCUGCACUCGUGCGAAUCGUCGAAACCCAGCUGAUAUCGGGAGGAAUCAAAUUAUGAGAGGGUUGGAAGUUCAAGUCCAACUCGAUGAAGACGAGAAUGAUUCAAACGAAUUUUCAGCAAGCUUUGCCGACUUCGAAGGACAGGAUGCUAUUGAUGCCACCACAUGGCACCCCAGCUCAAGCACGGAUGGAAAUAUACCAGACAAAUCUCCAUCAUUACAUGCCGGAACAGCAGCGGAAAGGGCUGCGCUGGCCUUUUCCAAUGUCUUCACUUCUGCUGGAAAAGUUUUGGAGGGUUUCUCUGGUUCCUCGCUACAAGCCUCUUCCGAGAAUGGCACUGUGUCUGGUGGCUCUAUCCAAGCUUCAAAACCCAAAGGUCGAAUUUUUCGCACAUCCGUCUUGGGCGGAAAGAGUGGCAAGGCCAUCCAAGGACCCAACCUACUUGGAUCUCCAAGUGAUCGCGAUCUUGAUGACUCUUCUGAGGAGUUUGCAUAG